AUGAUCCAAGUUGGAUCACUGAUCGCGAUGAUGGGCAUCAUCCUUGCCAUGGCACAUUCAUUGAGAAACAGACAACACCCGCCUUGGGCUCUGGCUUUGGGAACGCCCGUUCUCGUCAUUGCUGGCUUGUUGCAUCUCAUCCACGACUGCACAAAGAAGCGAGUCAAGAGAAUCAGAAAUGGUUCCAUCAUGAAGAGUAGCGUCCCUUCUAUGAGCGAAGUGAACACAAUCCAGGGGAAUCUUGAAGACGAUCUCGAGAACUCUAUCUUGGGCGAGUUCAUUGGAUUCACAGUUGAAGGUGGUCCGAUAGUCCGCUUCAACGAUUCUAUUCCACUGAAUAGCACCCCAAACGACUCCUUUGAAGUUUUGGGAUACUACGAUGGCACUCGACCUGUGGUGGCAUAUCAAAAGGGCUCUAUUCAGCUCUUACCCACUGCAGACAAGGACAACCAAGGCACACGGAAAGACGUUCGAUUACCGCAGGAGGAGAAGCCUUUGGAUAAGCAAGAGGCUCGGGCAGAGGCGGCUGGCAGCGGAUGA